AUGGUGAUUCAACGACCAGUCAUCGAGCUCAUGGUUCUCCACUCACAACACGACAACACUUUCCGACGAGAUUCUCUCGUCGGUAAAUCGAAAUGGAGAAUCUCUUUAUCUCGAUCUACUUCUUCUUCUUCGCAAUCCAACAACAAUUCUCCGUCGAAAAUAGAGAUCCCGGCGGAGUUUCUCUGUCCGAUCUCUGGUUCUUUAAUGGCUGACCCAAUCAUCGUCUCUUCAGGCCACUCCUACGAAAGAGCUUGCGUAAUCGCUUCCAAAACCCUAGGGUUUACUCCAGAUUCCCUAUUCCCAAACUCACCGCCGGAUUUCUCCGCCGUCAUACCGAAUCUCGCGCUGAAAUCCGCAAUUCGCAGCUGGUGUGACCGCCGGUCUUUUCCUCCGCCGAAGCCGCUUGAUUAUGCCGCCGCGGAGAAGCUCGUUUUCGCGAUAAUGGAGAAAACACAUAGAACGAGCCGGAAAGUUUCCGUUUCCGAGAAGGAGCUUAUCCAAGCGAUCAGAGACAAACCGUCGGUGAGACUCGACCACGCUGCGACGGAGCUCGACCGGAGACCGAAUUACUUCAAUUCGAGCUCCGACGAGUCAAUAGCCUCCUCAAGCCGUACACUACAGCUAGCGACUCGGCCUAGUUGCUUCUCCUCACCUUCAUCUGCAGAAAUCGAUUCGUUAGAACCAAACCCUAGCCCAGAAGAAGAAGCUUUACUCAUAAAGCUAACGAGCAAUCGAAUCUCGGAGAUCGAAGAAGCGCUGAUUUCGAUCAGACGCGUCACGAGGAUCGACGAAGCUUCAAGAAUCAAUCUGUGUACGGCGAGGCUAAUCUCCUCUCUACGGUCACUAAUCGUCUCGAGAUAUGCGACGGUUCAGGUAAACGCCACGGCGGUUCUGGUGAAUCUAUCGCUGGAGAAAUCCAACAAGGUGAAGAUCGUACGGUCAGGAAUCGUCCCGCCGUUGAUCGACGUUCUGAAAUGCGGUUCAUUGGAAGCGCAGGAACAUUCGGCCGGAGCGAUCUUUAGUUUAGCUCUGGAAGACGAGAACAAGACGGCGAUUGGAGUUCUCGGAGCGUUAGAGCCGUUGCUUCAUUUGAUUCGAGUCGGGACUGAGUUGACUCGGCAUGACUCGGCUCUGGCUCUGUAUCAUCUCUCUCUUGUACAGAGCAACCGAGGAAAGCUCGUUAAGCUCGGAGCUGUUCAGAUGCUUCUAAACAUGGCAAGAUUAGGUCAAACGACGGGUCGAGUUUUGCUGAUUCUCUGUAAUAUGGCUUCGUGUCCGGUGAGUCGACCCGCUUUGCUUGACUCGGGUGCAGUUGAAUGUAUGGUUGGUAUUUUGAGAGGACCGAGAGAGGUUACCGAGUCGACUCGGGAGAGCUGUGUGGCGGUGUUGUAUGGACUGAGCCACGACGGAGGUAUGAUAUUUAAAGGAUUGGCUAUGGCGGCAAAUGCGGUGGAGGAGCUGAUGAAAGUGGAGAGGAGUGGGAGAGAGAGAGCGAAGCAGAAGGCGAGACGAGUUUUGGAAGUGAUGAGAGCUAAAACGGAAGAUUCUUCGCCGGAAAAUGAGGAGAUUGACUGGGAAGAGUUGCUUAACUCCAGCACUGUAACUCGAAGCCGGCAUCGACUCGGUGGAGACGGUGAAGGAUCGCGCGUUAACUCGGCCGAGUUUUGA